CGACGGUCUAAAGAUAGUAUUUACACUCAGUCGGACCAUUUGACCUCUGCUUUGUACGAACAAUAGCAGCAGUGUCAUCGAAAAGAAUUGUCGAAUUGCACAGGAAGUAUCGUGCUUGCAAGUGGCACAAAACCGAACCUACAGAAACGAGAAAUAUAACAACUGGAGUGCAAGAUGUCCGGUGACGACGAACCMGAAUGGGACAGCGAUGCUAGAAGCGAGAGCAGCGGAGGAGAAGAAAGCAGCUUCGAUGACGAAGGAGCGGAAGAAGGCUCUUUCGACGAAGGAACCCAAGACGGAUCUAUCGAUGCCGGAACAGAAGAUGGAUCUAUCGAUGCCGGAACAGAAGAUGGAUCAUACGAAGACGUCGGCGACGAAGGAGAUGAAGUAGAGAGCAUGGGCUCCGACGUAGCCGAAGAAGUCGAGCAGGGAUUCGAGUCGGGCUCCGAAGAAGGACCCGAAGAGGGUUCGUUCCAAGACGACGAGUCCGGAGAUGACCCGUACGAGUCCGAAGAAGAUCAGAGCCACAACGAUUCGGAAUCGAGCGAGGUCAGCCAAGACAGCAGCGAAGACGAAGACCCUUUCGAAGACGAGGAGGCAGGAGCCAUCCUCAACAAGAACUUGUCUUCGGGAUCCUUGAUGAACGAGCCAGACGAAAACGAAAAACCCAAAUGGGCAAAGCUCGUCCCUGCGGCCAUCCUCGCAUUUGGCAUCUGGGCGGCGGUAGCCUUUUGCUGCUGCAUCAUUUUCAUUCCCUUGAUGGUAAUCAUCAUCCCCCUGGCGGUUUUGCUUCCCGGCGGAAAUGAUGGCGCCGUUCCGUUUGAUGACGGUACGAUGAAGAACAUCACCGGUGUCAUGGACAAUACGGACUUUUUGACCUCGAUUCCUACCGCAUCUCCCACCAUCGCGAAUGUAAUCACGAAUCCCACGGUGUCCCCCGAGACCCCACAGAGUCAACCUACGGUGCUGGAUUCGGGCGCCGACACUACCAUCUACCGCGACGGGGUGCUGUCGGAAUCUGCUGCGGGCAACGAAGAUACCAUGCUGGUCCAAAGCGGCGUUGCGGGAAACGACGAGCUUCCUUCUGCGUAUGCCCUGGUGCAAUUCGAUGGCAAGCUCAACAUCGAUGGCGAUAUGACCGUGGCAGAAUACCUCAAUGCCAUCCCCGAUGCCGUGGUGGACUUCUGUUUCAACGUCGCCACCGAUGGGGAUGGGGGAACGCCAGGCCAGACAUUCAGCACCUGUCUCCUUGCCCCCCCGACUGAAGACAUCGAACAACUGACCGGUGCCAGCGCGGAUUAUAGAAUUCCCGAGUCUUGUUUGAACGGAGCCGUGGAAGAUUUCCAGGUCACUGCUGACUCUAAAGAUGUGUGUGUCAACGUUGCCGAUAUGCUGAGAACACCCCCCGCUCUCCCCGAGAUCGGUGACGGGAAUCCACCGGCUUUGAGGGGCCGCGCCCUCCAAGAGACAACGCUCCCCCCGGACGCGCUUCCGGAAGAGCUUGCGGACGCUCCGGUGGCCAGGAAUCCAGAAGGCGCGGGCCGAGACGUCAGCUUUUUGUUCAUCAUCGAUGCCGUGGAAGAAUUCGACGGGCCUGGAACCCGCUUUUACACGAACGCCGACCCAGACCGCGGUCCAACACUAACGAUCCCUCCUAUGCAAGACGACGACAAUGGGGGAGGUGAAGGCGCAGGCGCAGGUGACAACUGCCUUCGUACGUUAUUGGUGUUUGUCGACGGUGUCUGUCUGCCGAUAGCCUUAAUCCUGGCGACAAAACUUUACGGUGCCAAACCUUCACUCUCACAAUGUCCUUCUUUUUUUUUUCUUUACACCGAUUCCCUUACAGUUGACUACGUUUGUGGAACUGCCGAGCUCUCGAAACUUUGCGGUUUCAUCGAACAGGCAGGCCUGGAUGCGGUCUUGAGCGUUCCGGACCCCGAGAAUCCGUUCAGGACUAUCUUUGCACCAACGAACUCGGCCUUCGAUAAUCUCGACGAGAGCAUCAGCGCCGCUCUCGCUGACAACGAUGCCCUCACCGAUGUGUUGCUGUACCACAUUGUGAAUGGGGAUGCCAGUAGCUCAAAUCUCGGUUGUGGCGAGUCCCUCAAAAUGGGGACCAUGUCGAAUACCACAACCUUUUGUGGUCCAGGCGACGUAUAUUAUCAGAUUGGAAACGGCGUCUCGCCCGGAGUGAAUACCCUUCCGAAAAUUCUCGACGCCGACAUCGAAGCUUGCGACGGUGUCAUCCAUACGAUGGAGGAGGUUUUGAUUCCAGGGUACGUUGUGUGGCUUCAGCCUGCUGCAGCGGUAUAUAUAGUCUGGUAAUAUCCGACGAAAAAAUUCUAACAUUGCCAACAUCGCAAAAUUUUAUUUGCAUACUUUCUGCUGCUUCAUGCACAUUUUGCAACUCUCCUUUUUCACAGCGAUACCUCUGGAAACUUGACAUGCGUUACGGAAGGAAACCAGACUCUUAGUACGUCUAAAAUGAUACGAUCCGGAUUAGAAAUGUUUGUUAUCAUCUGAUGCCAUCGAUUUUUCUAACGUAUUCUCCAUUUGUCCAUUGCCAUUCAUUUUUUAGUCGAAAUGAUUUGCGAAUCCGAAGACCACAAAACGUUUUGUGAAUCACUACAAAGCACGGGAUUGGACAAUGUCCUAGCAGAGGGAAGGUUUACGGUAUUUGCCCCAACCGAUACGUCUUUCUCAUCCGAGACAUUGGCCCCAGAAAUUCUUACUUUUAUUCUUCUACAGCAUGUCAUUUCCGGAAGCGCCAUUUCCUCUUCUGAUCUAUCUUGUGAUCAGGAAGUUAUGAUGGCGACUGGCGAGCCCAGUAAAAUUACAUGCGGAGAAGAAAGUGUGUUCUUCAUCGGCGGGGAUGGCAACGUUGACCCAGAGACUCUACCUACUAUAAUAGCUCCAGAUCUCUUGGCAUGCAAUGGUAUCAUUCAUAGUAUCGAUCAAUUGAUUCUCCCUGAGUAAGUGUGACGUGAUCAUUUGAUUUCAUGAAUAUAUUACAUCGAAAAGACUGUUGUUUGUCUCUGGCUUUUUGUAAGUUGUUCUUUUUUCUCACACGUUUUCCUCUUCUAACCAACCUACAACAACAGAAUCAGCGAAACGGUCGACGAAGAUGGUGAUGACAUGGAUGACAUUGCCGGCGAAUUUGCGCCUUGUGGCAUCUGUGAACCCGGUCUACAGAUAUCUGAACUGGUUGCUGAAGUCGAGGUUCCGGAUAGCGUUGGCUUGGUCGGAAUAUCGGGCUCAAUGAGUUGUAAAGCAGCUGAGGAUCUUUGUCUGGGCGGUUUUUGCAGUCCAGAAACUUGCGCCGAGUUUGCUGGAGGUCUCAGCGCAGCUUGUGGUUGCAAAGAGACCGCUUCGGUGGUUGCAUUUCUCGGUGAUAGCCCCGACACGUAUUCCUCUUUUUUGGAUUUCUUGAAGUUAUCCGAUUAUGCUUCGUUAAUCUUUACGAACUCAAACCCUAUCACAGUGUUGGCUCCAAACAAUGCUGCGAUCGAAGCUCUCACUGCUGAAUCACCGGAUGUUGUUGCUCAAUUGGCUACACCUGAAUGGAUCGUGCACCUUGAAGACAUUUUGGGAUAUCAUGCCAUUGACGGUGCCCUUCCCUCAACGGAUAUAACCGAUGGCCUCGUUCAGACUGCCCUGAACGAAGAAGAGCUUACCUUCAGCUUAGAUGGCGCUGAUGUUGUGAUCAAUUCCGGAGAGGCAAAGGUAAUCGAUGCCGAUGCUCUCCCGGAAAAUGGUGUCAUUCACACCCUUGAUUCCGUUCUGCUUCCUUCUUGGGUUGGUCAGAAUCUUUUAGAUGUGGCGCAGGGCAUUGACGACCUGGCUACAUUGAUGACUUUUGCUGGCGAAACAAACCUUGCGACACUCCUUUCCGAGCCCGGCCCGUACACCAUUUUUGCCCCUUCGAACGAGGCGGUUCAAGAAUUGCUUCAGAUGGGCAUCGAUCCUUCUCUUAUCGACAUCGAAUCCGUCCUCUCUUACCACAUCGUGCCCGGUCUCUACCCCGCUUCCACAAUAACGGACGGCCUUGCGCUGGCUACAAUGCAUGGAGAAGAUGUGAUUUUGAAUGUGAUGGGUUCGACCGCCACGGUCAUGGGCGAAAGGAUAGUCGACACGGAUAUUCUCGCCAACAAUGGUAUUAUCCAUGUGAUCGACGGAAUUUUGUUACCCAGCGACAUGGAGUUACCCAUCCCCGAUGGUUUGCCUCCCCCCCCAGACAUGAGUGGUGCCCAGACGCAGUCCUGCAGUAUUUGCUCUCGUGCUUUCUCUGGUGUGAGACUAGAUUCCUUCACCCUAACGAAUCCCGACGCCGUCAUUUCGAUUCCCGAGGGCAUGUCGAUACCCACAUUUACUGGCACGGAGGGUACCUGUGCUGAGAUUGAAGAUUUGUGCCAGAUUGGCUAUUGCGAUGCCCAGUUAUGCGACACAUUUGCCGUCUAUGGUGCAAGUAAUACGUGUGGAUGCGAGGUGUAAAAACGCGACGUUAGCCUUGCAUAUUGUUGGAAACGUUUCGACUGAUGCAAUAACUGACUGCAGAGUGCUACCAGUUGUAUUCGGGACGAGUUCUUGGCGUGUGACCUUGUAAUAUAUAUAUUUAAAUACA